GUCAGCAUCUACUGUUGGCGCAGAUAUUGCUGCAUUUUUUCGAAUUAAGAACGCCAACAGACCAUGGAUGCGGUUCACGCUGGCCGAGAUAUGACUUCGGGAAACAUAUCAUUGCAACAUUUAGCAUGCUGGUCCCAAUUGGUUGGUUGGCCUUGCUUUCGUUGGUCGCGAGUGGAGCCAAGCCAUGGUGGACCUCGCCUGAACUCCUCGAGGCCUCAAAUGCGGCGGCCCAAGCUGAUCCCUCCCCUGCGCGAUGUUGCUUCAACGAUGGAGACCUCAUCAGCCUCCGCUCUGGCCCCAAUUCAUUUAUUGGGCGCUGCAAGGACUGUGUGUCCCCUGGUGCAUACCCUGACAUGGCGGUCAUGCACAUGGCCGAUUCCAAGGACGCGUCGUGGCCGCAAUGGAGGGUUUUCAACACUUGCGAUGGAAAAAUCGUACUCCAAGCGGAUACAGGCAAGUUCCUGGGUAGUAGCAACAACAGUGCACCUAGUGGAACCACCAACCCCAACCAAGUAUUCGUGCAUGUGGACGACUGGCACACGUCGCCAUGGGCCAAGUGGGAGUGUGUGGAUGCAGGCAACGGCAAGAUCGGGCUCCAAGCGGAUUCCGGACGGUAUUUAGCCAGUUGCAACAGCUGCAUGCCUGGGGCGAGCCCCAACUCUGUGCUUGUGCAUGCCACUUCCGUGUCCGAGGCGUACGCUCAGUGGACAGUCGUGUCAAGCAAUCCAAAAGCUGGAAAGUGUACCUCCACUGCACCCACCCCACCACCGCCUACCACCACAUGCACACCAUCCCCGUCCCCGCCAUGUCCUCGUCGCGUGCGCAAGGCAUGGACGGCACUCACAGUCAAUGAAAAAACCCUGUUCCAAAACGCCCUCGGGCAAGCCAUGUUGCGAGGGUUCCACCACAAAUUCAUCGAAAUCCACAUGGACACGGACUCGGGGCACGAAGCGCACGACUGCCUCUUUUUCCUUUGGCACCGCCGGUAUUUGUUGGCGUACGAGAACAUGCUGCGAUCUCUUGGUGAUGAGUAUCGUUGUAUCACGCUGCCGUAUUGGGAUGUUGGCACUCUCAGCACCAAGUUUGCAACGGGGGCGUGCCAGUACUUUCCCGAUUGCAACCCCCUCCUCAGCGAUAUGGGCGGGCUCGAAACAGGCACUGACUUGGGAUUGGGGACGUAUGCAGUUGCCGAUAAGAGUUUCAACGCAGCGACGUGCAUCCGAUCACAGCACCCUGUCACGCGCAACUUUUGCCAGUCGUGGACUGCAUAUGCAAACAAGACUUGUCUCCGAUGCAUUCCUCGCAACAAGUGGGCCAAAGCAUUGCCGCCGCCGGACGUGUACAUCGAGAACGUGUACAACCAAUUGUUCUCGUCUGCCCCGUACGACUUUACCAAAGUGACCAAAGGAGUCCAGUACCGGUACCACAACGCGAUUCAUGGCGCGCUGUCGUCCACGAUGGGGACGUUUGCGGCGCCUGGAGACCCCAUCUUUUACAUUCAUCACGCUACGGUGGAUGCAUUGCAUUCGAUUUACUACAAAUGCGUCGUCCCACCGAAUGUCGACGCGAAACACUCGACGGUGUGGCCAAACCCGGCCAAUUGGCGUCCGUCGAGCUUCUCCACUUCAUGCAGCAAAGGCAAACGGUCCGAUGGAACGUACAUUGAGUAUCAGCCGACGGACCGCAUGACCAUGAAGCUCGUCGGGUGCAAUGGAGGCUACGUCGACGUUCAAGAUCCUUCAAGCGUACUCAAGCCAUUCUUCGAUGCAAUCGGACGCCAGACUUACGCGGAGUUCAACAAUAUCCAAGACCUCGGUGCCAACAACUCGUACUCGUACGAUUUCGGCACGAGUAGUUUGGGGGUGCUGGCGACUCAGUGUGACAAGUAUGGGCGCCCCACCGCAAGUACCCUUCUGGAAUCGACUGCGAGUGCAACGGAGGAUCCCGUCGAUUCCAGGGAGGAUCAGUUUGUGCGCGAGAUGUUUUUGUACUGCAAGUCGAAGAACGUCCCGGACGAUCAAAUCAUGGAGCGCAUCAAUUGGAUGCAAUGUGUCUUCCACAACGAGUGCAAGCAGGGCGUGUUCGACUACACGACUGAGUUCCAGUCGUCGUUUGGCAUCCAAGGCCCACCCUAUUGCUACACCACGAUCUCCCGACUUGCCAACAGAACAAUCAGCAUUGGCGUCCCUGGCUGGGAACAAGUGUAUUCGAAGCACUACACAUGCCAGUCCACUGUCACGUAGACCUCAACUUGAAAACAUGUACAUGGCAUUCACAUCGAGUGUUUUUCCCG